AUGGCGGCCGUGAAGACCCUGAACCCUAAGGCCGAGGUAGCCAGAGCCCAGACGGCACUGGUGGUCAACAUCAGCGUGGCCCGGGGACUGCAGGACAUGCUGAGGACCAACUUGGGGCCUAAAGACACCAUGAAGAUGCUUGUUUCUGGUGCUGGAGACAUCAAGCUUACUAAAGAUGGCAAUGUGCUGCUUCAUGAAAUGCAAAUUCAACACCCAACAGCCUCCUUAAUAGCCAAAGUAGCAACAGCCCAGGAUGACAUAACUGGUGAUGGUACCACUUCCAAUGUCCUAAUCAUUGGAGAACUACUGAAACAGGCGGAUCUCUACAUUUCUGAAGGUCUUCAUCCCAGAAUAAUAACAGAAGGAUUUGAAGCUGCAAAGGAAAAGGUACUUCAGUUUUUGGAACAAGUCAAAGUAAGCAAAGAAAUGGACAGAGAAACACUUACAGAUGUGGCCAGAACAUCUCUACGUACUAAAGUGCAUGCGGAACUUGCUGAUGUCUUAACAGAGGCUGUGGUGGAUUCCAUUUUGGCUAUCAAAAUACAAGAUGAACCUAUUGACCUCUUCAUGGUUGAGAUUAUGGAGAUGAAACAUAAAUCUGAAACUGAUACAAGCUUAAUCAGAGGUCUUGUUUUAGACCAUGGGGUGCGGCAUCCUGAUAUGAAAAAAAGAGUAGAAGAUGCAUACAUCCUCACAUGCAAUGUGUCAUUAGAAUAUGAAAAAACAGUGAAUUCUGGCUUUUUUUACAAGAGUGCAGAAGAGAGAGAGAAGCUUGUAAAAGCUGAAAGAAAAUUCAUUGAUGAUAGAGUUAAAAAAAUAAUAGAACCGAAAAAGAAAGUCUGUGGUGAUUCAGAUAAAGGAUUCGUGGUUAUUAAUCAAAAGGGAAUUGACCCC